AUGGAUUUACAUCAGCUAGAAGAUAGAAGUGAUAUUAACAGUGAUUCUGAGCGGCUUGAAGCUUCACCAAGGUCUCGAGGAAAGGUGAAACACAUGAAAGCUUAUUUUGAACCUCAUGACACCAGAGAUGAUGACCUGCCUCACUUCAGUUUAUCAAAUUACCAGACCUCCGUGCAGAGCUUCACUUCUGAUGCUGAAGUGAAGUUCUCCAGGUUUGAUAUCCAUACUUCAGUAGAAGAGCACAAGGUUUGUCCUGAGUGUGGCGACUUUCAGACUGAAUGUAAAUGUAAACAGCUAAAGGCCCCUCAAAAAGAACUUCCUGAGCCACAGAGGACUACUUCAUCAAAAAGUGAUACAAGACCUAGUGAAUGCAGUUUCAUUUCAAAUGCCAGUCUCAGCACUUUGCUGCCUCAUCCGAGCUCUUCUUCCAAUGAUCUGUUUGGAAGCGACGCCUCACUUGUAUUGGGAUCUUCUCAAGGAGAUGGGAAGCAUCUUCAGGAAACAGAUGCAAAGGCACAUGCUCUAUUGGGAAAGCAAGAAGAACAUGGCUUGGAAGCAGGUGAUUAUUGUAGGAUUGUGCCAGAAGAUAAAUGCAAGCCAAUUGAAGAAGAGGGUGCUCAGAUUUGUGUAAAUAGGGAAAAUUUCGUUUUGCCUGAUGAUUCAAUCUCAAGUCUCCUUCUGUUUCCUCCAUCUGAUGGCGUCUGUAGUGAAGAUAACACACAGCAAAAUCAGGAAGAUUUAAGUCGGACAUCUACCUCUGAUAUUCUUUCAAUGCUUGAAAAAGAAGAGGACCAUUCGACUGAAACUGCAAAUAGAGACAAUAAUUUCAAUAUUAACCAGGAAGGUCAUAAAGAGAGGGAGAAAGUGCCUGAAGAAGAGAAAAUGAUAAAUCAGGAAAUAAACAUUCAACUCAAGCUUAAAGUGAAAGAAACUGAAACAAGCAGCAGAACAGAUAAUAUUCUGACUGAAUUGUCACAAAAAGUAAACACAGAAAUCUUAAUCCCCUGUAAUGAUAUAUGCAAAACAGUUGAGAGUGUUCCUACAAUGCAAAUGGACAACUUAGAAGAAAGUCAACAGAAGGCAAUAACAUUGCAGGUUUUUGAACACACUUCAGCACCAGAGGAUUUAUCAUAUGAAAAAAUCAAGGAAACACAAGUUCAAAAGUCUGAAGAGGAUGUAAAAAGUUAUGAUGACCAAAGUAGCAUUACUGAUGGUGCUGAAUAUGAUAACACAAAAAGUGAUGACACCAGUGUUGUAAACUAUCAACAACCUGACCAAAUUUCAGAUUUAUCAGAACUUCAAGAUGAAUGGGUAUCUGAUCUUCAUGAUACUACUCACUCAGCAACAAACAAAUCUUUAUUUGGUGAGUGUUCGGAGAGUUUAUUACAUGAGGAUGGAAGUCCAAAGAUUAUUAAAUCUGAUAUAAAAAAUGAUGACCUUCAUAUUACUGAGUGUAAAGAGAAUCUCAGUGAGAACAGCAAGCAGAUAGUACUACCACAAAGUCACUACCAUGAAUAUCAAGAUCUGAACAUAUCAGCUAAACAUUUAUUACAGCACCGUCAUAAUGACUGGACUCUAGCUCAUGAAAACAUGACUGACAUAACAGAGAAUGAGUCCUUGUAUGAGAACUCUGAUAAUGUAUCACUUGCUGAAAGUUCUCCUAAGCUGGUUGUCUAUGGCUCUAGUAAGGAUGCUUUAAAGAAAGUGAUACACAAUCAAAUUUUCUUCCCAAAGAAUGAUCGACUAGGAUACUUGCAGAGUGGAAAAAUUACUGAUCAGGAUAAUGUGAACUCCCUGACAACAUUCUUAUCUGACAAAUAUUCCACCCAAGAACAACUUGCCAAUUAUUUUGAUGAGCUCGACAGUACCAGGUGUAAACUAAUGCAAGAUAUCCUAAAGAAAGAUGACAAAAUGGAUCAAUUAAAGAAAAAAAUUGAUGUGCUAGAAAGUGAAAUAAGGUACAUCAACAGAGAAAACACAGUAUUAACAAAUAUCCUAGCGAACUGCAACAAACGGAUGUCUGCUGAGGAAAUUUUUCUCAAGGAAAAGUGUGCUGAAUUAAGAGAGAAAAUUCAGAAAAUAGUUACUGAAAUAACAUCACUGAAAAAUGUAACUGACAAACACAGACAUGAGUAUGAAUGUGCAGUAAUGGCACAGAAACAAGCUGCAGAGAGAAUUAGUUUUCUGAAGGAAAAGAUCUUGACAGCAGAACAAGAAUGCAGAAAGAGCCAAGACUUGCAGUUCUUCAAUGUUAUUCUGAAGCACAAAGAUAAUAUUCCAAAGACUGACAUUUUCACAUCAUUCAGCCUGUUUGAAUAUUGCUUUAUACCAUAUGGCCUGAAAAAUGCCAGCACUCUCAAGCACUCAGUCAUGGAUGUUUACAUCUUCACCACUAUGGACACGAGUGAAAUUUCAGUUGGUGCUGUUCUCCAACAUGCAAAUUUAGUAAAAGAAGAAUAUGCUGAGAAGGAGCAGCAAAUAAUUUUAUAUGAACAACGUUUAAAUGAAGCCCAAAAUGAUUUAGAAGAAUUGAAGACUAUGGUGCAAGAACAAGCAUCUCAAGCUGAGAGCUAUAAGAAUAAGUAUCAUCAGGCUGAACAAGAACUUGAAGAACUGAAACACAAACUUGAAACUACAGAUGCACAAAAUAAGCUUAUGAUAAGUAAUGCUGAAUCUGAAGUACAAAGAGUAAAGGACAAGAUUCAAGAAGAGCUUCAGAAUCUGAAUUCCUUAACAGAAGAAAUGGAAGAAGCACAGACUAAGUUACAAGAAGAAUCUCAAAAACGUUAUUUGACAGAGCAGCAAUGUGAAGAACUUCUGAAACAAGUUCAGGAGAUUAAUGAGAAGGUAUCAAAAUUUAGUGAAAUAGUUACAAAUCUUUGCAGUAAUCGCUACCUGUUAUGA